GUUUGUCUUACCUUGAUUGAUAAACGGCACUCCUUUUAGUAUUCCCAGUUCGUUCAGUCACUUCCAGCAGUGAACGUUAUAUCGGCAAUAAGCCUGCGUACCACCAGAAUGAACACGUUUGUUUCAUUGAUUCUUCUCAGCGUAUGUUUCAUGCAAGGGUUUUGCUUGCAGUGUCAUGAAUGUCCCGCGUCAAGCUCCUUGGCAGAGUGCGAGUCAAACCAGAAGGUUGUGAAUUGCAGUGAUGAAUUUAACUGUAUGACCGUGAAGGAGAUCCCUCUAGCGGCAGAAGGUGAACAGUCAGUGGAGUACUUCAGGCACACUUGUGCACAGGCCGAACCCUGCACGCAGUUCUGCAAUGGAAAAGACCAUCCCUGCGAGAUUCUAACCUGCUGUAACACUGAUCUCUGUAACUGAGCACACGCUAUGAUCCACUGGUUGUAUUAAAAGUUUACUUCAGAAGUGAAUACAUUUUAUAUGAGCUUUCAA